AGGCUGCAGAGCUCGUUCCAGAGCUCGGACACCAAGUGCUGCAACGACAAUUAACCACUACGCUCUAGCUCGCCUCGGACAGCUCCUGCUGCAUGCGAUUCCAUAGCGGAGGUUCAGUGUCAGGUAUGGCCCAAGCCGCAGCUGCUGAUCAUGACAACAAGGAAGAAGAGAUCGUCAUCGUCGACCUCGAGCAGAGCGAGGUCGACGACGACGCGGCGCCGGAGAUGCGGCGGCAGGACUCCCUGUACGCGGCCGCGACCAGAGCCGCCGGCGCGGGCCACAACGGGCAGGAUGGCUGGGCGAGGACGCUGCGGCUGGCGUUCCAGUGCGUGGGCAUCCUGUACGGCGACAUUGGCACGUCGCCGCUGUUCGUCUACUCGAGCACGUUCCGCGACGGCGUCGGCCACCCGGACGACCUGCUCGGCGCGCUCUCCCUCAUCAUCUACAGCUUCCUCCUCUUCACCGUCAUCAAGUACGUCUACAUCGCCCUCCGAGCCAACGACGACGGCGAUGGAGGGACGUUCGCGCUCUACACUCUGAUUUCGCGCCACGCGAAGGUCAGCCUGAUCCCAAACCAGCAAGCUGAGGACGAGCUCGUCUCCAACAAGUACAACCGCGGCAAGCCGCCCGCGACGCUGAGGAGAGCACAGUGGAUGAAGGAGCUGCUCGAGACCAACAAGGCCGUAAAGAUCUCGCUCUUCCUGCUCACCAUGCUCGCCACCGCCAUGGUUAUCAGCGACGCCAUUCUAACUCCUGCAAUUUCAGUUCUCUCUGCGGUUGGCGGUCUGAAAGAAAAGGCACCUUAUCUUACAACAGAUGAGAUAGUUUGGAUCACUGUGGGAAUUUUAGUAGUGUUGUUCGCGAUCCAGAGGUUCGGCACUGACAAAGUCGGUUACCUGUUCGCCCCGGUCAUCCUGCUUUGGCUUCUCCUCAUUGGGGGAGUUGGAGUCUACAACCUGAUAAAGUAUGACACCAGUGCACUCAGGGCAUUCAACCUGAAAUACAUCAUCGAUUACUUCAGAAGGAACAAGAAGAAAGGAUGGGUCUCCCUUGGUGGCAUACUCCUUUGCUUCACAGGCACAGAAGCCCUUUUUUCUGAUCUAGGAUACUUCAGCAUCAGAUCAAUUCAGCUAAGCUUUGGCUUCGGUUUAGUCCCAUCAGUGUUACUUGCUUAUAUUGGGCAAGCAGCAUACUUGAGAGUACAUCCAGAGGAUGUAGCUAACACUUUCUAUAAAUCAACUCCAGUCUCAUUAUUCUGGCCAACAUUCAUCCUCGCGUUAGCGGCAUCGAUCAUUGGAAGCCAAGCCAUGAUAUCCUGUGCCUUCGCAACCAUUUCCCAUUCCCAAACACUCAGUUGUUUUCCAAGGGUUAAGAUACUUCACACCUCAAGGCAAUACUCAGGCCAGUUAUACAUCCCUGAAGUAAACUACUUACUCUGCUUGGGCGCUUGCCUUGUCACAAUCGGCUUCAAGACAACCGUCAUCAUUGGGGAAGCUCAUGGUAUAUGUGUUGUUCUUGUGAUGAUCAUCACAACACUCUUGUUGACAAUAGUGAUGCUCCUAAUAUGGAAGAUCAGCAUAUGGUGGAUCGCAGUGUUCUUCAUUGUUUUCAUGUCAUCGGAGUUAAUCUACCUAUCUGCUAUCUUGUAUCGAUUUGCGCAUGGUGCAUAUGUGCCUGUGGCGAUGUCAGCAGUCCUGAUGGCAGUGAUGAUUGUAUGGCAUUAUGUCCAUGUGAAGAAAUACAAUUUUGAGCUCGAGCACUCUGUGCCCCGAGACAAAGUGAAAGAACUCCUUGGGCGCCGUGACAUUCAGAGAGUCCCUGGGAUAGGCCUCUUCUACAAUGAGUUGGUUCAGGGCAUACCACCGGUGUUCCCUCACCUAAUUGAGAAGAUCCCUUCCAUCCAUUCAGUGCUCAUUUUCGUCUCCAUGAAGCACUUGCCAAUUCCAUCAGUUGAUAUGUCAGAGCGCUUCCUCUUUAGACAGGUAGAUAGAGAAGAUUACAAGGUAUUCCAAUGUGUGGCACGAUACGGGUAUCGAGACCCCUUUGAGGAGGCCAAGGACUUUGUUGAUAAACUUGUAGAGUAUCUCCAGUACUACAUUCGCGAUGUCAACCUCUAUGGUGUGGGUUCUGAGCCAAUGCUGAUACAGUCAUCCAGCUACCGUAGCUGUCGUGCUGAUAGCUUUGGUACCCACGAAAAACCCUUAGUAAAGGCAGUAUACGCUGAGGAAAUGCUCACACCGGCUGAGUCUUUUUCAGAGCACACAAGGCAACCUAGUGGAAAGAGCAAGCAUUUUACACAAUUUCAGGGAGAGAAGAUGAACGUAGUAGAGAUGAUGAAGAUCCAACAUGAGCAACAGUCUAUUCUUGAAGAGAUGAACAAGGGUAUGGUGUACAUAUUUGGAGAGAGUGAGGUGGUAGCAAGACCCCACUCCUCGCUCCUUAAGAAGAUCGUUGUCAACUACAUAUACUCAUUUCUUAGAAAGAACUCGAGAAAUGGUGAGAAGAUGAUGUCGAUCCCCCGUCGUCAGGUCCUAAAGGUCGGAAUCUCAUAUGAAAUCUAAGAAAUGUUGAUGAAGAAUAUAUAGGAUAUGGAUUGCUGAUAACAGCACACAACUUUAUUUGAUGCCAAGAAACACACUAUCAAAUCCACUCCCAUCUUCAUGGAAAUCAUUAUCUUAAUGGGAUGGAAUAUAUAUUUUGGAGUUGAAGGGAUGGUUUAACCUUGAAUCAGCAAUCUGCAACAAUCACAACAGUGAGAAGGAAAUUUUUGCAUGAGUUUACCUUGGUUAUCCACGGAGCAAAGAGAAAAAUUAUUUUUUAGGCAAAUCUUAGAAUAGCCAGAAGCUGCCUCUUAGUCUUUUAGUUUUCUUUGUAUUUUUCUUCUUUUGUUUUUGUUCUUAGUUGUACAUACUUUCUUCCCUUUAAAUAUAUUGUAAAUUGGCAGGGACUUGCCCCUCGUGCUCACACAUAAAAAAAAGACCUCUUUUAUUGGCGCUGUAUUAUGCGCCUAACAAAGAUUGAUGUCAUGAAAGGUUUGUACUCGUUUAUUAUGUUGAAAUCAAUGUGACUGAUUUACUCUA